AUGGAAACCCAUACCGAAUUGAAAACGAAGCAAGCGGAGACGGAAAAGAAUGUGAGUCUUGCAGAGGAAUCUUACCCAACGGCAUAUGAUUAUGAAGUCGGCCUAACAGAUGCUGCUUACACACGGACACAGGAAACUACUGAGAGGUUUGGCGGAAUAGAUGUCUCCAGUCCUGAUGGCUCUUCUACCGAAGGACAAACUCGAGUCAACGGAAGUGCACCUGACCACGUUGAACAAACCUGCGAUCGAUGGGUAUGGAAUCCUAUAAGAUGGCGAUUAGAAAAAUGCAUCCAGAUAGUAAUAUCUGUGUUCGGUAUCACUGGUAAGCUUUUGGUCAUUACAGUCCUAGCGAAACGUAACAACACCUUGCGUUCGAUGGACACCCUAGUUGCAACACUUGCGGUUGCUGAUCUCUUCAGCUCAGUGUUCAUUUUCCCGAUUCCAACCAGUAAGUUCUUGCCUAACACCAUAUUUGGUGUACUCUACUGCAAACUGAUCGAUUCCCUGUAUCUUUUAUUUGUUGGUCUCACCACAUCUUCAUAUAUCCUGAUGGCGAUCGGCAUUGAACGAUACCUAGCCAUAUCAUCUCCAUUCAAGCAUAUUCUUAUCUUCACUUCUAGAAACACCAAGAUUCUCAUUUGCUCUGUAUGGAUUUUCGCCGGUAUUUUGUCCAACCUCUUCGUACCUUUAGUAUUUGUCCUUACUCCAGAGUGCACAUGUGUCUACUACGUAGUUCCGAAUCUCAUUCUGCCUGUUGGAAUAUACAAUUACACCGUGACAGUGUUGAUUCCUGUUUCCUCUCUGGUCGUCGUGCAAACCCUGACGGCAUACUCCCUUCACACCCAACGGUUGAUCACCAAAAAAGCACAGAUCCAGGAGAAUGCCAAACCAUCUUUUCACGUAGUCGCCCGCAACAGAAUCAUCAAGCUGAUGUUAGUCAUUGUCAGUAUCUACAUCAUCUGUUUCUUUCCAAACCAGACAGCGUUUCUCUUGCUUAAUUUGGGUUUGCUGCCUAUCUCCUUCAUCUGGAGCCCUCUAAGUUCUGGUUUGAUUAACCUGAUGUUUCUCACUUCCUGUAUCAACCCAAUCAUCUAUACCAUCAGGUAUCCAUCUUUCCGUGACGCUGUCAAGGAUCUGCUGUGCGGUAUCACCUCAUCCUCACAAAACGCUCCGCUCUUUGGUCAAAAGUCCGAGCAGUCAACUAAAAGUCAAGUGAAUGGAGAAUCGCUUGAAAUUUGA